AUGGCCUACCGAGACCUGGUAAGAGAUUGGCACAAAGGCAUCCUGGCUCUGGAGGAGGGUGACUGGGCGUCAGCCUUGCAGAUCUUCCGAAGCAUCGAAACGCCUUCCUCAAAAACUGAGUUCAACAUUGGCUGCAUCCAUCUCUUAAGAGGAGACCUGGAAGAAGCGCUGGAGGCAUUUGACCAAGCAGUUUCCAAGGACAAGUGUUUAGCUGUGGGCUUCUACCAACGAGGCUACGUCCGCCUGCGGCUGGAGAGGUACGAAGAAGCCCUGAACGACUGCCGGCUGGCUCUGGACCACCUCCGAAAAAACUCCUUUAUUGAUUACAAGCAGCUGGGUCUGAAGUUUGUGUUGUGUGCCUGGGAGGUGCUGUAUAAUACUGCUGCGGUCUACUGCCGGCUCGGGAAGUGGCAGGAUGCUCAAUGCACCCUGGAAGAGGCCUUCGAGUGGAUCCCCAAGGGUCAGACCUUAUGCCUCAGUGCUGCUCUGGAGCAAGUGCAGGAGCGCCUCUUCCUGGAGCCCAGGAGCAUCCCUGAGGGGGAGUUCUUCCGACCUCGGAAGGAGGAUGUGGAGGAACUAGAAGCAAAAGAUUUCCUGGGAUGUCCCAAGGUCAUCUCGUCUGCUUUUGAGGAAGAUAAUGCCAGCAGCUUUCAGGGUCUUCAGUCCCAGGGCUGUUACAACCCUGGAAUGGAUCCUUCCCGAGAGCAAGAAGCUGGAUACUAUUACCUGGUGGCCUCUUACUACCCUGAGAGGGGCUGCCCUCUUAAAGCCGGCAGCGUUGUUUACAUCUUAUCAAUGGGCCCAGGGAGUCAUGCAGCAGGCAUAUUUGAGGGGCAGAAAGUGUGCAUCCCAAUCUCCCACCUGGAGCCCAUGUGCCCUGCUGGACAUAGCAAAGGGGAAAUCCACAGUGGGAUCCCCCUCCCCCCUGAGAAAGUGCCCCCUAACCGGCCCCCUAAGCUGCAAAGGAUGCAGCCACCAGUACCGACAGAGAGGUGUGUGGACAUGAACGGCGCUGACCCCAAAGAAGCCCUGCAGGCGGAGCUCCUUUCUUGUGUGCAGGCCCCAUCGGCCCAGGAGGAAGUCUCUCCCAUCAACAGCAGGCCUGUUCAGCUAACGGUCCACGGAUCUUACACUGCGGACAUGCAGAUGAGUAGUGCUCCAUCCCUGGCUCACUUGCGUGCCUUGCUGCAGGGAGAGUGCCACCGGCAAGUCGAGAGGAUGACACUGAGGUACAGACCUCCAGGCAGCGAUGAGUUAAUCCCAAUUAUCAGCGAUGAGGAACUGAGGAAAGUAUGGCAAGAGGUACAAAGCAGCCACCUGACUCUCUGGUGCCAGGGCAAAGACAACUGCACAGACAGGCGUGUUCUCUACCAGAUGGUGGCACAACACUCUUACUCUGCACAGGGAGUGGAGGACUUGGAUUUUAAGGAAGGCGACAUACUGGAGAUCCUGUCUGAAGUGAAUGAGGAAUGGCUAGAAGGGCGCUGCAAAGGAACCGUCGGGAUUUUCCCAAAAUGCUUUGCUGUGCGAGGGAGCCCUGCUGCUGCUCUCCCUCCGCCCCCCUUCCCAGGCACAGUUGCCUCCCCUCCUGGAGACUGA